UCUCAACUUUGGCCAGUUUCUUUGUCCUCCAGUCAUGGGAACAGCAGUUUAGGGGGUCCUUGCACAUGCACAGACCCAGAUCCAGAGGGGCGCCAUCAAAAACAACAUCAAGUCAAGAAGAAGAAAUCAACUUGAAGGGGAAGCACAACUAUGUGAAAGCUACGCAGGAACAUUUUUUAUCUCCGGAAAAAGGAAAAACUCAUUAACACUUUCAUUAUUUAACAAUUAUAUCCUAUUUUCUAUGUUUUUGUUGACCUGAUUUUCAUGAUAUAUCAUCUUUUGGGACACUUUCAGCAUCCGAAGAAAAACUUUUGGAUUAUCUUCCAAGGUUGAUUGUGCCCUUUACCAUUCUAGGGAUCUAGCUGCUAAUCCCUCCACCAGGAACAUCUUAGAUGAGCUCAACCUUAUAAUAACUCACCAAGUAACAAAGAAAGACCUGCAGUGACCGCUGUGUUUCUUCAACAUAGUAAACACCCUCCGCUGUUUUGUCUCUUCAUGCAGCUGGCCUCUUCUGGAUGACACUCAUCUUUUGACCAUCAUUGCAGGAACUCCUUACUUUUCUCUCCUGUGUUUGUGUCGAUCAUUGCAUGGUAGUGAGCCAUGGUGCUGUUGAAGAUAAAUUUCCCCCAGCAGCGGCGGGUGCAUCUGGCUCAGGGUCUGUGGCUGCUGUCCUGGACGGCAGUGAUAUGGGGGGCCAUCAUCUUUUGUCUGGGGGUUUACAUUAAGACGGAGCUUCUACGCAGAGAUGAGGUGAUGGACAACACAGAGAUCCAUGUGGUGCCCAACAUUCUCAUGAUAGUGGGCCUGGCCUCCAUCGGCACCAACUGGGUUGCCAGUCGUGUGUGUCAGGACUCAUUAGACCCAACCCGCUUCCCUCGUUGGAAAGUUCUCCUGCUGGUUUGGUUUGCUGUAGCUGCAGUGCUCUGUUGUCUGCUGAUCUCUGUCGUGGUGCUCAGCUUCGCCCUGCAGGGAAGCCUGGAGGAGUCCCUGAAGGUGGGCCUGAAGAAUGGCAUUCGCUUCUACAAGGACACAGACGUGCCGGGCCGUUGUUUCCAGAAAGAAACCAUUGAUCGUCUGCAGAUGGAGUUUCGCUGUUGUGGAAACAACAACUUCAAGGACUGGUUUGAAGUUCAGUGGGUCAGCAGCAGAUACCUGAACUUCACCUCCAAGGACGUCAAGGAUCGUAUCCGGAGUAACGUGGACGGCCGUUACCUGUUGGAUGGUGUUCCUUUCAGCUGCUGUAACCCCGCCUCCCCUCGCCCCUGCCUGCGGUACCACCUGACGGACAACAACGCCCACUUCAACUACGAGUACCAUUCCGAAGAACUCAACCUGUACAGCCGUGGCUGCAGGCAGGCUCUGACCGACUACUACAUGGAGCUGAUGAACUCAACCGGUCCAGGUGUGCUGUCAGUCAUCCUGAUACAGAUGUCGGUGCUUCUUGGCCUGCGGUACCUGCAGACGGCAGUGGAAGGAUCCAUGGCUCUGGAGGACCCAGAGGGAGAGAGUGAGGGUUUCCUCCUAGAGAAAAGUGUUAAGGAAACCAUAGAGGACCUCAAAGUUAAAGCUCUCACCUUGCUUAAGUUUGGGCAGGUUGACCCCAAUGACACCGAAGGGUCAACUGAGGAUGCAGAAUUAGAGAAAGCAGAGAAGGAUGCAUCCCCAACUCCUGCCAGUUAGAGGGGAUUUUUGUUUUUAAAUAUGAGCUGAGGAUGAAGGGAUGCAAGGAGAAUGUGUUUGAGGUUUUUUGGAUGUGUGAGUUGGCAGAUGGCGGUAACAACACCUGUGGGGUUUUGACAUGUAAGGCUUGAUUUACACUCCACCAUUGCAGCAGUAGCAACUCCCUCAAACAAGGCCAAAAAAAGACAACAAAAAGGGAGUGUUAUCAGGCGUAGCACAGACGACAAAAUGAACAUCUCCUCUGUGCAGGAUUCAUGAAUGUGUAGCCAAUGAAGAAUGUUCAGGAGAUUUGUAGUACUUUAAGUUUGAGCUAGAAGAGGGUGCAAUCAGUUUAAAUGGGUUUAGUUUUCACACACAUAUCUAACAAGUUUUGACUGCUAACUACUUAACUGCAAUGAAAGGCUUAGGAACCUGUUAAAAUGGCACAUGAAUUAUAUGUUAAAGGUAGAAUCUUUCAACUCCUUUGUAAUGUCGGCUUCCUUUUGUACGAAAGUGAAUUCCCCCGAGUAUGGGUUAUCUGAGUUCAGCAAGGAGAGUUGGAUUAAGUGUGUGUGAGUGUGUUCGUGUAUAUAUGUGUGGUGCACUUUAUGAAGCUGUCAUCUUGUCUAUUCUGGAAGCUCAUCAAUCUGAUAAUCCCGGUGUAGUUAAUCCCAUAACUGCUGCACAAGCGAUAUCUGAACACACAGCAGCACACAUGAACACACUCUGUCAUACAGGGAGAGGGACAGCACACUGAAACCGGAAGAUUUUAUUUUUAUUUAAGAAACAGUUUUAAAUGCUCUUUUUUUUUUUUUUUUGCAAAUUAGGAAUCAUUGUGGUCUGUCAUAGCAAUCCAAUGU